AUGGCAACAGCGAAAAAUUUUGCUCUACAAGAAGCUGCAAUUGAGAAUUCGGAAAGUAAUGUUAACAAGCUAUUGGUUUUGUCAACACAACUUAAUAGUCAAUUAGAAGCGAUUGAAAAUAAUGCAUCAAAAAUCGAAGAAGCAUUGGAACAAGUUCAUGCAAUGCAACGCUAA